AUGGCGCGCCCGCUGCUGUCGCAGCGCCCGUCAUCCGAGCACUCCAACGACCGCGACCUCGCCGAAGAAGACGCCCUGCUCACCGGCGAGCGCACCGGCAAGCGCCCCGAACAGCCCCGCAGUCCCUGGAAGAGAUGGAGGGAGCUCGGUCUGUUUGCCUGGGCCCUGAUUGCCACCGCCGUCGUCAUUGUGCUGGCCGUCGUCUACCAGAAGCAGGCCACCACCAAGGAGCCGGCCUCGAAGCCGUCGGGCAAGCGCAAUCUGAUCUUCAUGGUGUCGGACGGCAUGGGACCGACGUCGCUGUCGCUGGCCCGUGGCUUCAAGCAGUACCAGAACGCUGAGCCGUGGGACGACACCCUGGUCAUCGACCAGCACUUGAUCGGCCAGUCGCGCACCCGCUCGUCCAGCAGCCUGGUAACCGACUCGGCCGCUGGCGCAACUGCCUUUUCCUGCGGCUUCAAGAGCUACAAUGGCGCCAUCUCCGUGCUGCCCGAUCACUCUGCUUGCGGCACCGUGCUGGAGGCCGCCAAGCGCGCCGGCUACAUGACCGGCCUCGUUGUCACCACCCGUAUCACCGAUGCCACGCCUGCCUGCUUCGCUGCCCACGUCAACAUGCGCUCCGAGGAGGAUCGCAUCGCCGAGCAAAUGGUCGGCGUCCACCCGCUCGGUCGCGUUGUGGACCUCAUGUUCGGCGGUGGUCGCUGCCACUUCCUGCCCAACUCGACCGAAGGCUCGUGUCGUGGCGACGACAUGGACAUUGUUGAGAUGGCCGAGAAGGCAUACGGGUUCAACUACAUCGACAGCCGCGAGGAGUUCGACGGUCUCCGUCUGGGAAGCGCCGUCAAGCUCCCCAUGCUCGGUCUCUUUGCGGACACAGACAUACCCUACGAGAUCGAUAGGAGGAAUGAGGGUGACAUUUAUCCUUCCCUCGACGAGAUGGCGCGCACGGCUAUGAAGGCGCUGAGCGCCGCUACGCAGGAUAGCGAGAAAGGCUUCUUCCUCAUGAUCGAGGGAAGCAGGAUUGACCACGCUGGCCACGGCAACGAUCCCGCUGCACAGGUUCACGAGGUCCUGGCAUACGACAAGGCCUUCUCCAGUGUCCUUGAAUUCCUCGAGGAGGACAGCACCCAGGGUAUCAUGGUCAGCACCAGUGACCACGAGACCGGUGGCCUCGCGGCCGCAAGGCAGUUGCACGAAUCUUAUCCCGAAUAUCUCUGGUACCCCGGCGUCCUGGGCAACGCCUCCAACUCGGCCGAGCGUCUCGCCCAGAACUACCACAAGUUCCUCCUGUCGGAGCCCACGGCCGACGAGACGGCUGCCUGGGUGCGGAAAGCGCUGGGCGAGGGUCUGGGGAUCAACGACCCCACGCGGGAGGAGGUCGGGGUGCUGAUCUCGCGCCCGGACGUGUCCCCUUACACGUUCGCCGACAUGAUCAGCAGGCGCAGCCAGACGGGCUGGUCCACGCACGGCCACUCGGCCGCUGACGUCAACAUCUUCGCCUCGGACCCACGCGCCGCCGCGCCCUUGGUCGGCAACCACGAGAACACCGAGGUCGGCGAGUUCCUGCGCCACUACCUCGACGUCGACGUCCAAGACAUCACAAGGGAGCUCAACGAAAAGGGUUCUCGGUUCGACUCGGUGACUGCGACGGGCGAGAAGAUGUCGUGGAUGGGUAACUUGCCCGACGAGGGCGAGAGGCUCGACGGCCAGGACCAUCUGGACCAUUACCAGGGUGAUUUCAAGAAGCACAAGAGAUGUGAGAUUUGCGGCAUGUGA